AGCGUUAUCAAUUACUCAUUGGUUAUCAAAACGCUUACGUUGAUAUUUUUUGCGUUUACUUUCUUCAAAAUAGUAAUAACCAAAUUCAAAAGAAUCGCAGUGUGUUCUGUACAAAGCAGAGUGAUUUAAUAUUACUUUGUGUUGCCAUAUCCGUAUUUAUAACCUUUAAAAGCAGUUAAGGGGAUUUGUUUUCAAGAGUACAGUACAACACAAUUCACGUGUGAGAUCUGUCACUGUACAGAAGUUCGGCAAUGGGCUGUUCUCCCACGCCACGGUUAAAUACGAAGUUGAGAUGGAGGUUCAGUUAUCAGUGAUGCGUUGGCAGAGUAUAAGUACCAGUGGCAGUGGCUGUUCAAUUGGUCUUAGUUCGUCAUGCAGUAGGUUAGGUGUAUUCGACAGUGCAGGAAAUUCGCACAGGUGCCACGUAUAGGCUCUGAGAUUUCUUCAGGAUGGCGAUGGCGUAGGGGCAGCCUGGGGCAACGAGCUGAGAUGGCCGACGGCCCUCUGGCGUCGUACCUCGGGGGCACGGAGCACGUGUCGGGCACGGACUCCGAGGAGGAGAAGCUCCACGGCAGGGUCGCGGACGGCAGGCCGCUCAAGCCCGACCCGGACAGUGUGCCUCCUUCCAAAGAGGGGCUGCUGAACGUGCGUGCCAUGUUCUUCCUGGUGCUGUGGUACCUCUUCAGCGGGUGCACCCUCUUCCUUAACAAGUACAUUCUGUCCUUCAUGAACGGCGACCCUACUAUACUAGGAGCCUUCCAGAUGUUGAUGACGACGCUGUGUGGGUUUGUUCAGAUGCACUACCCCUGCGGCAUGUACAAGCCAUCCCAGAGGCUGGCCCGGCCGCCCGGCUUCUACCGCCACAUGAUCCUCGUGGGCUGCACCAGAUUCAUGACGGUGUUCCUGGGGCUGGUCGCGCUCAACUACGUGGCUGUCAGCUUCACGGAGACCAUCAAGAGCUCCGCCCCUAUUUUCACCGUGCUCAUAUCCAGAUAUGUCUUAGGUGAAGCGACAGGGCUGUACGUGAACCUGUCUCUGAUACCGGUCAUGACGGGCCUUGCGUUGUGCUCCGCCAACGAACUAAGCUUCAACGUCAUUGGCUUCGUCGCUGCCAUGGCUACCAACUUCACAGAAUGUUUUCAGAACGUUUACUCCAAAAUGCUUAUCAGUGGUGAUAAGUUCAAAUACACGCCGGCAGAGCUGCAGUUCUACACCAGCAUCGCGUCCAUCGUGGUCCAGAUCCCGGCCUCGUUGUUCCUGGUGGACUUCAUCAACAUGCUCGCGGUCGCCAGCCCCGACAUGUUCUGCGCGCUCGUCCUGAACGGCGUCUUCUUCCACUUCCAGAGCAUCACCGCGUACGUCCUCAUGGACUACAUCAGUCCGGUCACGCACAGCGUUGCCAACACGGUGAAGAGGGCGUUCCUCAUCUGGCUGUCGGUGCUGCUGUUCGGCAACCCGGUGACGCUGCUGAGCGGCCUGGGCACCAGCGUGGUCAUCCUGGGGGUGCUGGCGUACAACAAGGCCCAGGAGUUCGACCGCCUCAAAGUCAGCAAGUUAUCAAGUCAUGACACCUUUAAACUUUCAUGAGUCUGGCAAUAUUUUGACCAAAGCACCAAUCAAAGUUAGAAAAGUUUAACAGUAUUUGAGCUACGAAGAACAGAAAAAACAUUCCUCAUGAGGAAAGUGACUCUAAAGCUUCUGAACCUGUAUAUUGUGUGUACAUAUUGAGACUGGGAGGGGGGCUACGGGAUUUGGUAUUUGUGUGAAAAAUGUGUGUUUCUGCACUUGUACAGCCAUGGUCAGAAAAAGGUGCUUUUGAAGCAGGAAAUAUAUAUAUAUUUUUUUUAAGUCCCACUCAAGUGUGUUCCACUGGUGUUGCUACAUGCUGGAGGAGUUAAAACGACCUUGGAGGAAGCAGUUUACACAUCACAGUGUAAACUCUCACUAUGCUAAUAUUUUAGUUUACAAGUUUUAAAUUAUUACUGACCAAAUGCCACUUAUACCAGAUGACCAUAGUCUUAUACAUUUUUUAUAAAAAUUUAUUAAGAUACUAUUACAGUUAUGGAUGUAUCACUUGAUACAAAAGACAGCAAAGUUUUUAACUUAAGUGUGAGUAAGUAAGUGACUUUGUAUAUAGUGCCAUGUGUUAUGAAACAUUUCAGCAACAAU